CCAUAAGUUGGCUUGUCAACCGCCAUUAAAUCUUACAAGAAGAAGAAGAAGAAGAAGGGUACGAUGGCGGCUGCCUAUCUGACCCACCAUCAGAAGGUCCUGCGACUCUACAAGAAAUCACUGAGACACAUCGAGUCAUGGUGUAUUUUCAGGGAUAAAUAUCGUUUCUAUGCAUGUUUGCUGCGAGCUCGCUUUGAUGAGAACAAACAUGAGAAGGACAUGAUGAAGGCCACCAUGAUGCUGAAGGCAGGCGAGGAGGAGUUCUGGGCCAAUCAGCACCCGCAGCCCUACUUGUUCCCAGACUCACCUGGAGGAACAUCCUAUGAAAGAUAUGAGUGCUACAAAGUAAGUUACAAACUAAAAUGUAUAUUGUGUAGUCGCUGUGCAGUUUUACUGCUGUUUUCAUAAGCCAAGUUCACACUA